AUGGCUUCUAAAUAUUCAUCAAUAGAUUCUACAGAAAAUAUAUCCGAAUCUGUAUCAUCAUCGCCUAGUAUAAAAGAUGAUUUCUUCAAUCAACUUCUGAUGUGUGGCAUAUGUCUUUCUCGUAUGACAUCUCCGUGUUGUCUGCCUUGUGCACAUUCAUUUUGUCGUCCAUGUCUACUUGAUUAUGCUCGUAAUAACGAUAAAAAUACAACAGUACCGAAUUAUUUCAUUCUUUGUCCCUAUUGUAAAUAUCAACUUAAUUUUCAUUCAUAUGAACAUUUGGGUGCAAUGCUAAUUAUUAAUCCUGUACUUAAACAACUUUGUGAAGCAUUAGAUACAUCAAAAUUGAAUCUUGGUCAAGGACAGCAAACUCAAUCGAAUGCAAUGCAUCAAGCACGUUGUCAUACAUGUGGUCUAUUGAAAAUGUUAAAAAUAUGUAAACAUUGUCAUUUCAUGCUUUGUGAAACAUGUCGACGAGAACAUCUAUUGGAUGUUCAUCGUGAAAGUAAAUUACAAUUAGAUUUAUUUGAAACACGUAUUAAUUUAAUCAAUAAAAAACGAUUGGAAAUGAAUAAAAUAUUUGAAGAAUACGAUGAUAUCCGACAACAAAUUCAAAAUUAUGCUGAACGUUUUAAAAAUCAAAUUGAACAACAACGUGAUCAAGCUUUACAAGUAUUAAAUGAACGAAAAAAUUCAAGUGAUAAAGCCUUUUGGAAAGAAGUCGAUUUUGAUAAUAGUGAAAAAUUUGAAGAUUUUGUUUUAUUCAUUCAAACAGCUCAAAAGAAACUAUCAGCUAAACAUAUUACUGAUAAAGAUCUUUUGGAUUUAUCAGAUAGUUUACGAAGCAUACCUGAUAUAAAUGAUAACGCUAUUGAAUUAAUACCAUUUGUACCAUUAUCAGUAGAACUUGAUGAAAUAUUUUCAACGAAACAAUUUAUUAACGUAUGCGAUAAUCAAGGUUCUCAGAAUAAGAACGAGAAGCCUACUAAUCAAAAUGAACAAGCAGAUUGCAAUAGUUCAUAA